AUGCAGUCCGCCCCAGAUGCCGCAGCUCCUGGCGCCCCAGGAGCCCCCGGUGCAGAUGGUGCCGCCCCAGGAGGUGGACCUCCUGCACCACCCAACACCUCCAGCAACCGUAGGCUACAGCAAACGCAGGCCCAAGUGGAGGAGGUGGUGGACAUCAUGAGGGUGAAUGUGGACAAGGUUCUGGAACGGGACCAGAAGCUCUCAGAGCUGGACGACCGAGCGGAUGCUCUCCAAGCGGGCGCGUCGCAGUUCGAAAGCUGCGCGGCUAAGCUCAAGAACAAGUACUGGUGGAAGAACUGCAAGAUGAUGAUUAUGAUGGGCAUCAUUGGCGUCAUCGUGGUGGGAAUAAUAUUCUUGAUGCCCACAGUAGAUGAGUGCGUUUGCUGUGGUGAACAGGAGCGAGUCAGGGAGAAGAUGGAGGGGGCUGGGGUCCAAUGUAUUACCCAGCACCCUGGAUUUCAGCCCGUGUGCCUGAACGUAGACGUCCUUCAGACAGCCUAUUAUGCCUACAGGCAAAAUUAUGAGGACCAGUCAGGAAACAACUGGAAACGUUACACGGCGUAUCGCCAGUUUGUGCGCUGGGUGUACGAGUUCCUGGGGCGGAGGAUCAGGGUUCCUCUACCAGCCUGUGUGGUCGCGCAGAUCAGGACAAGCUUCCCAUCACCGGAGUUUGUUGGAUACCAACCUUGUAAUCCUCCCUAA